AUGAAGUCUUAAACUUUACACCAGCUAUUGAUUUGUAAAACGUUCUUAUUAUGUGACAAAUAAAAAUGAUUCUUUUAACUUAUAGGUGUAAUACGAUUUAAAAAAGAUUUUCAUAAAAGCGGCAUCAAGAUAAUAUUCAAAGAGUUUGUCAGGAAUGCAUAGGAGAUAAUAUUAAAGUUUUCGUCUGCGACUUCUGUCUCCUUUGUACCCAGUGCCUUUGCAAGACUUGUCUUACCAACCAAAUGGAAAAGCAAGCCCGGUUUGAUCUACAACCUAGAUUCCUACAAAUUCCUUCCAGCCCUGCACACACCGGUAACAGUAUAGAACUUUGUGAAAAUCACUUGGGUGAAGCUAUAGAAUUCUAUUGCAAGGCCCAUGAAGCAUAUCUUUGCAACGACUGUGUAAGACUUGAACAUGACACUUCGCCGUGUAAAGUCGUCCAAAUAGCAGACUUGCAAAUGUCAAGCAUAAACCCCAACGACUGUGUCGACACUCUUAAACCCAUCGCCGCUAUUAUAGACAAAUGCAAAGAAUUAUCAAGAACUCUCCAAGAAAAAGUCAAUAAAACAAAUUACUCUUACGCAGAUAUAAUGAACGAUGUAAAAACAUUUAAACGAGAGAUAAAUCAAGAGUCAGAUGAGCUUGAAAACUUCUUGAAAGUUGAACUAAAAGCAAUGCAAAUGCAAAGUAACAGUGACUUGAAUGAGAUAGAGGAACUGAUCCAGACAUCUUCUGUCAAACCAUCGUGUAACUCGUCAGAGCAACCCACAGUCUCAAACCAUGACGAUGACGAUCUUCUUUUGAUUCUUCAGCCUUCAAAAGACAAUGACAUCAAGAAAGGUUUAAGUGACAGCUUACAGCAUCAUCAAAAACAUACCAAUGAAGAUGAUGAUGACCUUCUCUUAUUCUUAACAUAAAUUUAGACACUUUGUCAGAGUUCUUGAACCUGAAGCAUUUGUUAUAUCUUGCCAAUUAUCCAUAAUCAACAAAAAAACCGGUAAAUACAGAUGUUCAAAGGUCCUUAAAAUAGAGUUUCACCUGUUAAUUUACCUGUUAGAAAAGUAAAGUUACUAUCCUUUAUCACCAGUAUAGAACUAAGCUAGGGGCGUCCGUGGCCGAGUGGUUAAGGUCGUUGACUUCAAACCACUUGCCCCUCACCGCUGUGGGUUCGAAUCCCGACAGGGACUUUGAAUCUUUCAUGUGAGGAAGCUAUCCAGCUAGCUUACGGAACGUCGGUGGUUCUACUCAGGUGCCCGUUCGUGCCUGAAAUAAUUCACGGAAGGGCAUCUGAGGUCUUCCUCCACCAGUAAAGCUGGAACGUCGCUAAAUGAAACCCAAUCAAACAAACAGAACUAAGCUAUUUUGCCCAAUUGUGCAGUCUUGUAAGGUUCUAUACAGGCGGUAGCUCUUUUUAUGUAUUUUGAUACUGUAAUCCCUAAAACUUGAUUGGUCUGUUUUAUAUUCAAAGCAGGGCAAAUCCAUAACUUAGGGGUGGAGAGUCGCACAAAUGAACGACGGCGGACAAAUACCUGUAGCCCAUUUACUGCGCU